UUUUGCUGCGCAGCAGUAGCCAUGGGAACAGUACGUGACGACGUCACCAAACGUGACAGGAAGUGUUCCGACGCUAACAGUCAGCUGAUAAAGCAACAACAACGUCUACAGCUCCGACGGUCAAAGAUGGCCUACCCCAAAUCCCACAACCCGUUUGCUGAUGAUGACGAUGAGGAAGACUUUAAGCCUAAAAGAAGGGGGUUUGAUGACGACGACGACCCCGAUGACAGUGGGUUGAGUGAAGCAGAGAGGAAGCAGAGGUACCUCCAACAGGAAGUGAUGCGUACAGCUCAGUCUGCUGUGGACAGCAGUUACCGUUCCAUCAGCCUCAUCUAUGAGUCAGAGAAGAUGGGUGUGGAAACCGCAGAGGAGCUAGUGCGACAAGGUGAGGUUUUAAAAAGGACGGACAAGAUGUUGGACAACAUGGAUCAGGACCUAAAGACCAGCCAGAGGCAUAUUACCAGUAUCAAGAGUGUGUGGGGCGGCCUUGUCAAUUACUUCAAGGGCAAGCCAGAGACAAAGCCACCACCUGAGGAGCCAAAGGCCUACCAGGCCAGUGACAAACUACAGAGUGCCAUAUCCAGCAGCAGAGAACAAGAAGAUAAGUACCAAGCCAGCCACCCCAACCUAAGAAAGUUGGAUACAGGAGGAUUUGGAGCUGGCGCAUCACUAGACAACGACUCAUCUAGACAGAAUGGAUAUCCUCAGAACAGACACCUCAGGGAGGCUCACCAGACCCUCGACAAUAACUUAGAUGAGAUGUGCAGUGGCUUGAGCAGACUGAAGAACCUUGGACUUGGUCUCCAGUCUGAGAUUGAGAACCAGGACAACUCCAUUGAUAGUCUGCUGAAUAAAGUGGACAAGAUGGAUCUCAAGAUCCACAACACAAACCAACAGAUUAAAAACCUCAAAUAAAACACUUGGACUCAUCUCAAAGAGACAAAUGAAGGCAACAGGACAUCCUCUCAUUUGACCCCCCAUUCAGGCCUUUGUUGAAUAAACUAUAGGUUCUUUAAUUUUUUUUUGUUUUGUUUUUCUAUGUGUUGGAAUAUAUCUCUGUCAGAAAAGCAAGUGAAUUUUUAUCAAUAUGACUUGUGUGUUUUUAAGGGAAGACUCCACACAUGUGUCUUAGAUGUAAGAGACACUUCCUUUCUGUCCAGAUAAACGCUGUUCAUUCUCCCCAUCACGUUCGGCUGGAGUUUGAAUGUAGUCUGUUGAAUUUGCAAUAUUUUGGAUGAUUGAGUAUCCGUCUGAUCAGCUUUUCUUAAUCGCCAAAGAUUGGACAAAUGGCUACUGGUUUGCUCAUCAUUCAGGCAAACAGAUGAAUGAUUUGACAUACGUGGUAUUCAUAAUUAAUAAUUUAAUAGACAGGAUCCCAGCAUAUGUCUUAAUUGUAAUGUUUUGUGUAUGUGAUUUAUAUCUCAGUGCUAAUUCUAAUUCCUGGACCUGCCUUCACGUAUGUACAAAAACACUUUGGAUGUCUGCUCGAGUCACAUUUGCCUUACAGAUCAUUUGUAUGUACAAUAGAUUAGCUUUUGGCAUCUCUCACCAUGCAACGUUUCAGUACGAUCAUCAUCCUCAGUGGUAUCGCUUGCUUUAUAUUGCAUUGUUUAUAUUGAUAACUAUUGUAUUCAAUGCUGCAGACUGUAACUGAGUGAAUUAUUGUACAGCAUAAAUAAUGUGAAAAUGCCAGCUGUGAAUAUAUAAACUCAGUACUGAACGAAUAUCUCAAUUACCAUAAUGAUAAAUUCCCUCAGAUACAUUUAUUAGUAGAUGAAGCAGGUUUUUAUGCGGUAAAACACAAGGUUAUUCUUAGAAAAUGUUUAUUUUUUUUUUUCUUAAAGAAGAAAAUAAAUGAGGAUUUAUACACAAGGUUACAUUUUUGACAUGUAAAUCAUGUAUUCUAAUCAAAACCUCAUAACCAAUAAAGACAUUUUUAAGGGGA